CACCCAAGAAAAAGCGUUUCCUCUCAAACAAGAAAAAACCCAAAAACCCCUCUCACACGUACGCUUCACACGAGUCUCAUUUCUCUCUAUAAAUCUUCGAGAACGUUCCUUUUCUCACUCUCCGUGUUCGAACUUCGAUCUCUUCCAUCCAUCUAUCCAUCGUUAUCGUUUGAUUCAGAUUCGUGAAAAUGGCGACAAAAAGAAGCGUUGGAACAUUGAAAGAAGCUGAAUUGAAAGGAAAGAGGGUUUUCGUUAGGGUUGAUCUAAAUGUUCCUUUGGAUGAUAACUUGAAUAUCACUGAUGAUACUAGAAUCCGUGCCGCUGUUCCUACUAUUAAAUACUUGACUGGUUAUGGCGCUAAAGUUAUCCUUUCCAGUCAUCUGGGACGUCCAAAGGGUGUAACACCUAAGUACAGUUUGAAGCCUCUUGUGCCAAGGUUGUCUGAACUUCUUGGAACUCAGGUUAAGAUUGCUGAUGACAGUAUUGGUGAGGAAGUUGAGAAGUUGGUUGCACAAAUUCCAGAAGGUGGUGUUUUGCUUCUAGAGAAUGUGAGGUUCCACAAGGAAGAAGAGAAGAAUGAUCCUGAAUUCGCAAAGAAGUUGGCUUCCCUUGCUGAUCUUUACGUGAAUGAUGCUUUUGGCACUGCCCAUAGAGCUCAUGCUUCUACAGAAGGUGUCGCUAAAUACUUGAAGCCCUCUGUUGCAGGAUUCCUUAUGCAGAAGGAGCUUGACUAUCUCGUUGGAGCCGUGUCUAACCCCAAGAAACCAUUUGCUGCUAUUGUUGGUGGUUCAAAGGUGUCUUCCAAGAUUGGAGUUAUUGAAUCCUUGUUGGAGAAAGUUGACAUUCUCUUGCUUGGUGGAGGUAUGAUUUUUACCUUUUACAAGGCUCAGGGUUAUGCCGUUGGGUCCUCUCUUGUGGAGGAAGACAAGCUCGAUCUUGCAACUACACUUAUUGAAAAAGCCAAGGCGAAAGGAGUUUCCCUUUUGCUUCCAACUGAUGUGGUCAUCGCUGACAAGUUUGCUGCUGAUGCUAAUGACAAGAUUGUGCCAGCAUCAAGCAUCCCUGAUGGAUGGAUGGGAUUGGAUAUUGGACCUGAUUCCAUCAAAACCUUCAAUGAAGCAUUGGACAAGAGUCAGACCAUCAUAUGGAAUGGACCAAUGGGUGUUUUUGAGUUUGAUAAGUUUGCAGCAGGAACAGAGGCCAUUGCCAAGAAAUUGGCAGAGGUAAGUGGCAAGGGAGUAACAACCAUCAUUGGAGGUGGCGACUCUGUAGCAGCUGUUGAGAAGGUUGGACUAGCAGACAAGAUGAGUCACAUAUCUACAGGUGGAGGUGCCAGCUUAGAGCUUCUUGAGGGGAAGCCACUCCCCGGAGUCCUUGCUCUUGAUGAUGCUUAAACACUUUGUAUUUUGUGCAUUAUAAUGGUUGGGUUUCAACCAAUGUUGGAUUGAGGUUACGCUAGAGCUGCUCUUGUAGAGGCUUAAUAUAGGGUAGAUUCCAAAAUAAAAAAGGUUUUUGCGGCAUUUAUGGUGCUUGAUCAAAUUGUUCCUGAACAAUUUCAUUUUGAAAGGAGUUUGCUUAUUUAGCUUUUGCUUCUAAUUUUAGUUAGUGUGGUAUUGUAUGCAUUUUGAUUUAAUGUGAUCCUAAAGGGUUGGUUUAAGAAUGGCUGCAUUUUUCA